CUGAAACCCUGAAAACGUUCCGGCGGGAAAAUAGAAAAGGGGAUUAGGGUUUACUUCAUCUGUUUAACCGAUUCAAAUCGAAAUCCAGACUUACGAGCUCCAGAUUCCGAUAACCAUGGCCGGAGAAGCAUCGAGCAGCCGUCCAAAAAGGCAACGAGUACCUUCCAUUGCUCAAUCCGUACUCCCAGAUGGUGGUGAAGAAGAAGAUGCGGUGGAAGUGGAACGAUCUGGGACGUUGUUCGAGUUAGAUCUUCUCGACUGUCCGAUUUGUUGCGUCACAAUCACGAGCCGUAUCUUUCAGUGUGACAAUGGACAUGUAGCGUGCCUUUCUUGCUGUGUAAAAAUGAAGAAAAAAUGCUCUGCUUGCACUUUGCCUAUUGGUAAGUAUCGAUGUAGAAGAAUGGAGAGAGUUGUUGAAGCAGUCGUUGUCUCAAAGUUCAAACGUGGCUACACUGCGGUGGUUAAAAAGAAGAUCCAAUCCUUCGCUGGAGAAGCGUCGAGCAGCGGCCGAAAGAGGCAACGAGUUCCCUUAGUUUUUGAAGAAGAAUGUGAGACUGGUGGUGCAGGGGAUUUGGUGGUACGGCCUGGGACGUUGUUCGAGUUAGAUCUUCUCGAUUGUCCUGUUUGCUGUGAUGCACUCACGGAUCAUAUCUUUCAGUGUGACAAUGGACACAUAGCUUGUUCUUCUUGCUGCACAAAACUGAGGCACACAUGCCCUUCCUGCACUUUCCCCAUUGGUAUCAAUCGAUGCAGAAUAAUGGAGAAAAUUGUUAAAGCAAUCAUUGUCCCUUGCCCAAACGCCAAACAUGGUUGUACCGAGACAUUCUCUUAUGGCAAAGAAUUAGCCCACGAGAAGAAAUGCAGCUUCGUUCUGUGCUACUGUCCUGCACUGAACUGCAACUACUCGGGCCUGUACAAGAAUCUCUACAGUCAUUACGCUGCUAAUCACAAGGACACUGACAAACGCUUCAGGUAUGGCUAUUCCCAUCAUGUAUACUUGGACAUUGAGACGAAGAUUUCGGUCCUUCAGGAAUAUGCGGAUGGUCCAUUGGUUGUGGUUCAGUGUUUCAAGGAACCACAAGGAAUGUAUUUUACUGUGAACUGUAUAGCACCUCCUUCUCCAGGAGUUGGAAAGUUCUCGUAUGAUAUAUCCUACUCGACGGCAGGUAACUCUAUGACAUUUACAUCUUCGAAGAUGAAUAAAUUACCGGAAGUGAGCUUCCAAACUCCGAAGAAGGACUUUAUGUUAGUUCCUGACUAUCUCUUCGAUCCGAGGUUUUUGUUGAAGCAUAUGCGCAUCUGCAUCCGCAGCCUAGAAGAAGAAGAUGAUGAUAAUUAUGAUGAAGAAGAUGCAGAAGAAGAAGAAGAUGAUGAUGAUGAAGAUGAGGACUAAGAGGAGGGAUAUCCGUCUUUGGUCGUUUUGUGCAUAUAACCUUUUAAUGCAUUGCUCUUGUUGAUAUUUACGCACUCUAAAAGGGAUAUUCUUAUGGUCCAUCAUCUUACUUAUUUCCCUCUAUCCAUCAUUAUACUCAUGUGUCUGUUUGUUCUUUGUCUCGUGACUAUACUUUUCCCCUUCCAGCUUGCCACCUGCAAUUUCAAAGCUGGUAUCGAGUUGCUUAAACCCUUAGAAACUCUUAUAGGCCUAUUUUGCCUUAGUUAUGUUCG